AUGAAGACCGUCGCUACCAUCGCCGCCUUGGCUGCCAUGGCCAACGCCCACGCCACUUUCCAACAGAUCUGGAAUAAUGGAAAGGAUCUCGAGAGCACCUGCGCCAGGCUGCCUUCCACCAACAGCCCCAUCGAGGACUACACCAGCAACGCUCUUCAGUGCAACGUCAGCCCUGCUGCCGCAAAGGGAAAGUGUGCGUUUGCAGCUGGUGACACAGUUACCAUUGAAAUGCACCAGCAGUUCAACAGCCGUGACUGCAAGACCGAGGGUAUUGGUGGUGCUCAUUGGGGACCCGUCCUUGCAUACCUGUCCAAAGUUGACGACGCCGCCACUGCCGAUGGCUCAAGCGAGUUCUUCAAGAUCUACGAGAACACCUGGGCCAAGAACCCAGCCGCGUCUCAGGGAGACAACGACUUCUGGGGUACCAAGGACCUCAACUACAACUGCGGAAAGCUCAGCUUCACCAUCCCCAAGGAGCUCGCCGCUGGUGACUACCUCCUCCGUGCUGAGGCUAUUGCGCUUCACGCCGCUAGCCCUGCUGGUGGUGCUCAGCACUACGUCACUUGCUACCAGCUUACUGUUACUGGUAGCGGUACUCUUGUGCCCAAGGGUGUCACAUUCCCUGAGGCCUACAGCAAGACUGGCCCGGGUCUUGGCUUCUCUAUCCACGCCGACCUCGACUCUUACCCCGCCCCUGGUCCUAAGCUAAUUGCUGGCGGCACCAAGGCCACUCCCUCGCUCCUGACCUUUGGCACCCUCUCUGGUGCUCCUGCUGCCGGUGCUCCUGCUGAUGACGAGGCUCCUGUCGCCUCCGCUUCGUCUGCUGCCGUUUCCACUCCUGCUGCCGCUUCCACUCCCGCUGCCACCCCUAGCAGCCCCGAAUACUACCAGUGUGGUGGCAUGAACUAUAAGGGUGCUACUGGAUGUGCUGAAGGCCUUGAGUGCAAGCAGUGGAACCCAUACUACUUCCAGUGCGUCAAGUCUGGAUCCAACAACGGUUCUCAGCCUCCCCCAUCCAACAACGCUCCAUCCACUGGUGCUCCCUCCAACAACGCUCCAUCCACUGGUGCUCCCUCCAACAACGCUCCUUCCACUGGCGCUCCCUCCGACAAUGCCCCAGCCCCCAAGCCUGAGCCCACCAAUGUCACCCCCGAAGCCACUCCUUCCGCCGCCCCCUCCGCCCCCGCUGCCGGCGCUGGCGAGAAGAAGUACACCCUCGAGACCUUCAUUGCCUUCCUUCAGGAGGAGGCCGGCGCCGAGAAGGCGGCCAAGAUCCGCCGCAUGAUUGAGGCUCUACUCUAA